AUGUAUCACCUGAGGAUGCCUGUGCUUCUCCUCGUGCUGCUUGUGUUGCUGCGCUGUGUCACCACCGCCCCAAGUUACAGGUACUUCACUCCUAGCUCAUCCAGCGAGCAGGAAAGUGCUCUCCCAGACAGCGAAGGCUGGUUAGCUCCCGGGCUAAUCUCCAACCCGUUCCUCGGCCUCAUGGGUACACGGCCGCAAAGGGGGCUCACAGCUAUGAACAGUCACCACAUAGAAAAGAGGAAGUGCAACACAGCCACCUGUGUCACCCAAAGGCUAGCAGACUUCCUGGUCCGCUCCAGUAACACUAUCGGCACCGUCUACGCACCGACCAACGUGGGAUCUGCCACCUAUGGCAAGAGGGACCUACUGCAGCCUCCCAGCUACCUGCCUCUCUAG